AUGAAUCAAUCACCUCCAAAAGCAGAAAGAAGGCAUACAUCAAUUUAUCUACAAACUUAACCAGAACCUUAAAAUUCUUCAAUUUUCAAGAUUGAUUUUGGCAAGGAGAACAUCCCAACAUAAAAAAUAAGUUGGGAUUAGUACUCAAAAUCUCUUUAAUAAGCAACUGUUUCUUAAAAGAAGAAGCCAACUUAAAAGUAUGUGGAAUUGGAGUCAUAAACUGAUGUUAACAUUAAAUUCAAGUUUCCCUUAUACACAGAUCGUUAAAUUGGUAUCAAACCGGAAUAUUAGAAUCUCUUGUAAGAAGCAUAUGAUAACGAUGAUGAUAUCAAUACAAGAGAAAGUGUGAUGAAUUUUUUUAUAGAUGUUUGUAAAAGAGAUUUAGUAUAAGGGAUAUUGGAAAAUCAAUAAAUUAAAGAUUAACAAGGUUUGAAAUCCCAUCCUAAAUUUUUCAGGUUGUACAUAAAGAUUAAGUUAACAAAAUAAAUCUAUCAACUAGUAAACAGAAUGAUAUUCAAUCCAUUUUUAUCAAUCUGUUUAUUUUCAAUUUAAUUCAAGUACUAUUUUCUAUUAUUUCUGUUAUUUAAUAUAUUUUAAAGUAGAUUGAAAAUCGAAAAAGAGAAAUUCUAUUUCAAUAAUUAUCCAUAAAAUUAUUGA